CCAAUCCAAAAGCGGAGGGAAGACUUUGCAACGACUUUGCAACUAUAUAGGAACGCUAUGGAGGACUGACUAAAGAAAAGGCUCCGACAAAACCAUCUACCCUUCAAUGGACACAAGAGAAUCUGCGGAAGUUCUCGGAAGUGACGGAAAUGGUCUGCUGCCUAUGAAUACAUUGAUAGAACGAUCUAAAGCUGUGUGCUACAUCCAAGCUAUUGUCAAAGAUCCCAGGACAAACAGAGAUCUGCUGAGGCUUGGCAGUGGAUUCUACAGUACAGUGCUGAUCAACCAGAUUGAGUACCAUGGUAUAUUCUCAAAUAACCAUAUUUUAUCAAGCGAGAUGGAGGCUAAGUGGGCAGAGGCCAUCUUUGGUUAUGAUAAUAUAAAUGAGCUGGGUAAAAGUGUCUGUUUGAGACCAGAUUUGAUAUUCAGGACAAAUAAGGAUCUGGAUUACUCCUUUAUUGGGGUUCAAAGAGAAAACAUCGAAGCUCUCCACCUUGGGAUAAUACCCAUCCAAUUCGAGCCAGAACCUAAAAUUAGUGGAGGAGAUGAAGUCUUCAUACUACAGCAUCCUAGAGGAAGGCCUAAAGAGUUCAGUCAUGACAAGAUUAUGACAGUCAUGCCUCCAUUUGUGUAUUACAAAGCUGAUACAGAGACUGGUUCCUCAGGAGCUCCCGUUUUCUGGAAGUUGAAUUUGGUGGCAAUACACCAAAAAGGGAGUGAAUACGUACUGAACUACAACAAAGGAGUUUUGUGCAGUGAAGUGCUGUCUCAUCUGAAGACAGGAAAAUAUACAAGGCCUACUGCAUUUUCCAUACAAGAUAGUCAGGGGGAAGAAGUUGAUGAAGAUUGCAUACCAAGAAAGAGACAGAAAAUGGAAGAGAAUGUCUCUCAUUCACCAUCAGAAGAGGAGAUGGAGGAACUUGCCCAAGAAAUCAUUCCAAUUUGGAAACAUCUUGGUAGAAUCCUUGGAGUGGGCAACAGUAGAAUAGAAGAAAUAUCAAGAGACAACAUAAACUAUUCAGGGAYAAGAGAAAAGGCCUUYCAGAUGCUUUUGUCUUGGAAAGAAUCAAGUCCUAACCCAUCAUAUGGUGCUCUGGGAAAAUCUUUAAUAAAAUUAGGAAAACACAACCUUGCACACCAUUAUUGUCAUAUGUAAUAUGAUGUAACAGCUUCAUCUAGUUGGUUGAAACCUAUGGUUUUUAAACAACAUAUAUUUAUUGAAAAAAAGAGGAUAGGAGAUGACAAAGAAUGAAAGAUUAACCUAUUCUCACUUUUGGGCUGUAUGAAAGACAAUCAGAAACCACAACCAACCAAAUGUUAUUGAUUUUUAAUGUACUUUUACUAAAGCUACUAUAAGUAGCAAGGGUAUUGUCUUAAACUAAAAUAUUAUACUAACAUAGUUUUUCUGGCAUUUGUCAUUUUGAAUUUUUUUCUAAUUUGAUUGUAAAUUGAUUGUUAAUAUUUAUUUUUUUGGUCAUAGUAUAUCUGUCUUUGGAAAUGUCUUUUUGCAACAAAUGUACUCUCUGGACCUGGUAUUUUUAUAUGUUUUGUAAAUUCUUAAAAUCGUAUUUUUCUAUACUUAUUUUUCUAUAUCACACUAUACCCCCAUGAGGUGAAUGUUUUUACCAGAUUAAAAUAUUGUAGAAAAUGUGUUUGUGAGGUUACGCUCAUAGCAAACAUUCGUAACGAUGUAUAUUUAUAUAUGUAUUUUAAAGUUUUAAAACUCUAAGAGUUUUAAUUAAAGUAUAUUACGACUGUAAAAAUAGAAAGUAAAAAAUGUAUUGAAAUAAAAAAUACUUUAUAUCAAAGCAAAAGUGUCUCGCUUUGUAAUGUAAAAACAUCACUGAACUAAAGAUUAUGUUAUACUCUAUAUGUCUAAAUUUGUAAAUCUAACACAUUUACGCUAUCGAAUUUUAAUCUGAUUAUUGUCUAUAAGAUUGAAGUUUCAUAAAUUAUUGUAUUAGAAAUGCUUUUUCAUAAAACAUAUAAAAUGUCGUUAGGAACUUCAACAUUUCCUGGUUUGUCCGACCUUGUAUUUUAUUAUUUACAGUUUGAUCUUGAUCAUCAUUGAGUUCUACUAAACUCAGCAUCAAGUAUCCUUCCCCACGACUCGACAUCAAGCUUGCAAAGAAAAUCUUUCGGAAUCUCUUGAGAACUCUUUAAACAACUGUAUCUUCCCUGAAGCCACCUUCUUUUGACUCCAUUUCUUCCGUAGUUCAAUAUAGCGAUGUUUUUCCAUGGUAUUCCAUUUUCUUUGUCCUGAUUAACACAUAUUUGAUCGAGAGUCGAGCACUUUUUCUUCCAAACAAAGUCAAGGUUCAUAACAAUAUUCCUCCAAUUCUUAGACACUAAUGAUGCUUGAAGGAGACUACCUACAUCCAAAUACGCGAAAAUAAUCGACGACACCUCAGUUGGCAAAGAAUUAACGAAAUCCAUGAUGUUUAGCGUCCAUGUACAAACGUUCUUUUGUUUUCCUUUGUCGAAGAAGUACAAAACCAAGCCGAUGCAUUAAAACUCUAAGCUUUUGCUAAAAGAAUCUUUCACAUCUACCGAUUUUCUAGGAGACCCAACUUCCUUGCUUUGUUUUUCAUAUUUUUGUGCAUGUGAUAGGGAUUUUUUACUGGGAAUUUUAAAGUGCCUUUGUUGCGGUUUUACUUUCGA